AUGGCACGCUCGAGGUCCUCUUCGUCGUCCAAUGAUGACGGGGACAGCUCUGCCAGCGACAGCGGUAGCGAAGCUUCAUCGUCGUCGUAUUGCGGUAGCAAAUCAUCGUCAUCAUCGUUGGCAUCAUCGACCGCCUUAUCGUGUGUGUCUGACAAUGGGCGUAGUAAGCCGGUAAAGGACAGCUGUGACGCGCUGGCGGUGGAGCGCAUGGAGCGCGAGCAGCGGCUCCGUCGUUUGCUCUCGCAGCGCAAAGUGGGCGACGCGACACCCAUUGAUGAUGGAAAAAACAUGGAGCCUUUUACUUUUCGAAGAGGCGCUCUUAACGAGGACGAUGGUGUGCUUCUUUCGACGUUUACUAACGCCUCGUUGUUUGGGCGGCUGCUCGCUCUUCUGUCUCAGUAUGAGCACUCUGCACGUUCGCACAGCCUUGACGAAGUACUGGCAGCCGCCAACCCCUUAUUUUACCGCAACUUCAAGGCGACACUGGAAGACGCUGCAGCACCGCCCCCACUGCGGGAUGGGGCAACUGUUCGCAGUGAAUGCGCGCAACUUGAUCACAGUGGCAUUAUUGUUCAUCGGCGAAAGCGAGAGAAGUCGGCGCACGCUGUAGACCGCGAUGCUGGCGUGCGGCGGCGCCGUGUCACUGAGACCCAGGCAUGGCCACACGGAGGCUCCGCGACGUCUGGUAUCAUUGCCAAAUCAUUACAGAAUUGGGAGCAGCACUUGUCUGCGGAGUUGAAGCAAGAGGGCGUCUCCCUUGAGAGCUUCAGGCAGCAGCGGCACGACAGUAGUUACUUGGAGGAGAGGCGGUUUCUGCAGGAUGCGCAGUGGGCUGAUUACCAGCGUGAGCUGCAGCUGGAAGAGAAGCGACGAGAGCAAGAGGCGAAACGAACGAUUCGUCGCGGUGAGAGCGAUGCGAUUUGA